AUGCCGACAUUGCCGAUGAAUGGACAUAGUAGUAGGAGUGGGUGCGACAACAGUAGCAGCGGGGAUAAUGGUGGUAAUGGUGGUGGGGGUAGUGGUUGCAAUGGUGGUGAUGGUAGCAUAAAUGGUGGACGUGCAGUGGUGGUGCUAAUUAUAGUGGGAUAUGGUGGUUGGGGUGCAGAGGAGUGGUGCGAUGACAGUAGUGGCAAGGACUAUGGUGGUAAUGGUGGUGGCGGUGGCGGUUGCCGUGGUGGUGCUAAUAGUGAGAUAUUGUGGUUGGGGUGCAGAGGUAACAAUUGUGACAGUGGCGGUUGCGGUGGCAAUAGUGGCGGUUGCUGUUAUGGUGGUGACGGUGGUGGAAAUGAUGGUGGUGACAAUAGUGAUAAUGGAGGUUGUGGUUGCAGUGACAAUGGUGGGGGUUGCGGUUGUGGUGGUGGAGGUGGCGGUGGUGGUAAUGAUGGUGGUGACAAUGGUGUAAUGGCGGUUGUUUUUGUGGUUACAGUAGUGGAGGUUGUGGGUUUGGUGGUGCAGUGA